UUUAAAUUCAUAUGUUUUAUUUGUGGAAAACAAGACUAAGGAAAGGGGUGUUUGGGAAUAGGAUUUAUAAUUAAUUAGAAAAAUCCAACUAAUACCAUACCAUACUCCUCAAAAUCGAAAGAGGAGAACGAACAUGCACUGUUAUGAGAAUUAGAAAAUGGAACUAUGAUUUUUCCAAAAAAUUUAAGGUUUUGCCUGCUAAAUGGCACUAUAGGUAAUAAAUUAAAUAAUAGCAGUCUUCGAAGCUAUUCAGCUAAAAAUGUUAGAGUACGCUUUGCUCCCAGUCCUACAGGUUUCCUUCAUUUAGGCGGUUUAAGAACUGCCCUAUAUAAUUUCUUGUUUGCCAAAAAACACAAGGGUGUAUUUGUUUUACGAAUUGAAGACACAGAUCAAUCUAGAAGAGUUGACGGAGCCACUGAAGCCUUACAAAAAGACUUAGAAUGGGCCGGAAUAGAAAUCCAUGAGGGCCCAAUCCAAGGCGGCAGCUUCGGACCUUAUUUACAGUCAGAAAGAUUGAAUUUAUAUAGAAAUCAUCUUAAUACCCUCUUAAAAAAUAAAUCUGCUUAUCCGUGUUUCUGUACUGAUAGAAGAUUACAACUUUUAAAAAGAGAGGCAAUUAAAUCCCAGGAAGUUCCUAAAUAUGAUAAUCGAUGUAGAAAUUUGACUGAAGAAGAUGUUCAAUCAAGAAUAAGUAAAGGAGAUCCUCACUGCUACAGAUUUAAAAUAAGUGAUAAAGAAGAGUCUUUUAAUGACCUGAUAUACGGUCCUAAAAGCUACAAUAUUUCACUUAAUGAGGGUGAUCCUGUAAUCAUGAAAGGUGACGGUUAUCCGACUUACCAUUUUGCCAAUGUGGUUGACGAUCACCUUAUGAGAAUUAGCCAUGUCCUUAGAGGUGUUGAGUGGCAGAUAUCUACUACUAAACACAUUUUAAUGUAUAGGGCGUUUGGUUGGGAACCUCCUAAAUAUGGCCACUUGCCUCUUCUGAUAAAUUCUGAUGGUACCAAAUUAAGCAAAAGACAAGGGGAUAUUAAAAUUAGUAGUUAUAGAGAGAAUCAUAUAUUUCCACUAGCUUUGUUGAAUUUCAUCUUGAAUUCCGGAGGAGGAUUUGAUAAAGAUUUGGAAAGGCAUUUAAAGCCCAAAUGCUUUACCAUUGAUGAGUUGUGUCAACAGUUUGAGUUAUCAAAUAUAAACACACAUUCCGGAAAAAUGAUGCCCGCAAGGUUAUUGGAGUUUAAUAAUUUGGAAUUAAAGAGGCAGUUUGCUGAUAAAGAAUUGAGACAAAAAUUACUUAUACAGACUAAGCUACUUGCUAAAGAGUUUUUGGGAAACAGCAUUAACGAUGAUUCUGACGUACUAAGGGAUGCAUACGUCUUAAAAGUUCUUGAAUGGUCUCUGGAUCGAAUAGAAAAAUUAUCCGAUCUGUUUUCUUCAAAUUUAGCAUUUAUUUGGACUAUUCCCCAGUCAUAUAAAAUUGAAGAAAACGUCUUCGGUGCCAUACCCAGUUUAAAAAACGAACUUAAUAAACUAGAUGAUGUGAGUCGGGAUAGCCUCAACGAAAUAUUGCGUCAAAUUAGCAGCAGCCAUAAAUUGAAAUAUCCUUUAUUUAUGAAGAGUUUAAGAGCAGUACUAAGCGGAUUAAAGGAAGGCCCAAGUGUGGCUGAAAUGAUAGAGAUAUUGGGUAAAGAAAACACUAUUAAGAGGUUAGAUUUGUAUUUAAAUAAAACAAGUUUCGUAAGGUAA